CGAAAAACUUGAUUAAUUGGUCAAUUACUUCGUUUAAUUGUCUUCAUUUUCAAAAAUUAGAGUACCAAAAAAAAAAAAAUUACUGGUGAUAUAUUUUCUGUAAUUGUUGGAUGAAAGUUUUAAUUUUUGAAAUCACUGUUGAUGAACUCAAAUCUCCAAUCUUUCACGAAAUUCGAGGAAGAAUUUUGGUGGAAAAUUGCAGAUUUCGAGCUUCAGUGAGGUAUAAUUCAGUAAGAUUUAUAGGGUUUUUCGAAUAAUUUCAGUUUAUAUUUUGUAAUUCGAAGUACGAAUGAAAUUCAGGGUUCUGGAGAAUAAUAUUGAAGGAAAAUGGCUGCAAUUUUCUGAUUAUUCAUCUCCAAAAAGUAAUUAAUUGACUGUAAAUCUAUAAUAAGCAUAAUUAAUUUAUUAAUUAUUUUUUAAAAUUUUUUGUUGGUAAUCUGGGAACAGGAAAUGACAAUCUUUGAGCAAGGGAGUUGAAAUGGAUUGGUUUGGGAGCAGGAAAUUUGAACUUAUUGAUACUGGAAACUUAAUAUGUUAUUAAUGGAAAAUAGUGAAGAAGAAUUAGAGGAAUGGAGGGAUAUAAUGAUGAGUUCUAAGGGUAUAUUCUCGGGUUUUGGACCUGAGAAAUGUGGAUGCAAAUCAAUUGAUGAGUUUUUUAAUAGUGGGGAGGGUAGUUUUGGGUGUGAUGAUGGUGCUGAGACAUCAGUCGAAAACUCGUUGAGAUUCGACAAUGGAUCGAAUUCCUUGAUGGGGGUUGAUGAUAAUUCUAGUGUGAUUAAGACUGGUGUGAGCAUAGCUGAGAGGAGGGCGAAUAAGCGUGGUUUUAAUGCUUCCAAGCUUUGUUCCCCUCAGGUUAGGACUAUUAGCUUGUUGCCUCAUUCGAGUGAAUCUUGCUCGCCUUAUGUUACAGUGUCAACCAAUAUUAGUCCGAGGACAUUGCUUGAGUCUCCAAUGUUGCUGCCAAAUUCACAGUUAUCACCAACAACAGGAAGUUUAGCUUCACGCCCUCUUGAUGGAGAUAGUCAAAUGUUGAUUUCAGCAUCAUCUGCGGAUGCAGACAAGGGUAGUGAUGGUAGCUCUUCUGCCUUGUUUAAGCCUCAUACUGAAACUACUUCUUUGUCAGAUUUUCAUGAUGUUAAUAAUCAGAUGCUGCAAGAAAAUGGGUCUUCCAUGGGAGAUGAUUCUGCUUUGGAUGGGAACCAAAAUGGAAUAUAUUCUCACACUGGAAUUGCAAGAACAGCAGAAGAUGGUUACAAUUGGAGAAAAUAUGGACAGAAACAGGUCAAGGGGAGUGAAUAUCCUAGGAGCUACUAUAAGUGUACCUAUCCAAAUUGUCUAGUGAAAAAGAAGGUUGAACGCUCUCAUGAUGGCCAGAUUACAGAGAUCAUUUAUAAGAAUGCACAUAACCAUCCAAAACCUCAACCUUCUCGGAAGUCAACAUCAGGCGCAUUACCAUUCAAUGAGACAUCAGAUGUAGGUGAUGGCAGUGGUUUGUGUAUGAAAGUUAACAAUGGCCCAGUCUGGAGAAGUAUACAAUCUGGAUGUAAAGAUGUUACCGGGUCAGAUUGGAGGAUUGAUGGCUUGGAGACAUCACCGACAUCUGCUUUGACUGAAGUUUCUGAUCCACUUUUAACCACUCAAGGGAAACAAAUGGGUGUGCCGGGAUCAGCAGGAACACCAGAAUUUUCAUCAACGCUUGUUAGUCAUGAGGAUGAUGAAGAAGAUGCUACUGCACAAGGGUGCUUUUUGAAUGAGCACGAAGGUGAAAAUGGAUCUGACUUGAAAAGAAGGAAGAAAGAUGGCUAUUUUGCCGAGACAACUUUAGGUUCUAGAGCUGUCCGUGAACCAAGAGUUGUUUUCGAGAUAGAGACUGAUGUAGAUAUACUUGAAGAUGGUUAUCGCUGGCGCAAGUAUGGGCAAAAGGUUGUCAAGGGAAAUCCAAACCCAAGGAGCUACUACAAAUGUACAACUCCUGGAUGCACUGUCAGGAAACAUGUGGAGAGGUCCUCUCAGAGUCUGAGGUUUAUCCUAGUGACGUACGAAGGUAAGCACAACCAUGAGGUGCCAGCUGCUAGAAACAGUGCUCAUGCAAAUUCAGGCAGUGGAAGUUUGACUGCAGCUGCAACUAGUACCCAGCCAUCCCUAGCAUUACCAAGAAGUUCUCAUCUCCCUAAGCCUGAACCUCACACCCCAGAUCUUCCCCUUCAUUUUGAUACGAAUAUUGGUUGCAAUAAUGACAUCUUCAGAUCUUCCCCUGCAUAUUACCCGAUCAAAUUCCCUGGCUUGCCAAAGACCACUCCAUAUGGUCCUUUUGGUUUGAGUACAAACCAUCCAGCUUAUGCCAAUAACAUGGUACCUGCCAUCCCUGAACUUUCCUUCCCACCUCCAUUAGGGUUUCCCUGCUCGAUUACCAGCUGUUGCAAUCCUGAUAGAUCCCAUCCAACAGUUCCAUCUUUAUAUGCAGGACAUAAACUUGAUGAGAGUGAUGUCAAAUUCUUAAGGCCUAAGCAGGAACAGAAGGAUGACUCAUUCGAUACAGACAUGAAUAGCUUUGACCAUACAAAUGCUUCAUCUUCGACAUACAACCAUGUCUUGGGAAAUUUCGGGUCUUGACUAUUUUUCUAGGCUUCUGCAUUUUGGUCAGCAAAUAAGGAGUAAAGAUGCUGGAUUGAUCAUUUUCUUCUCAUCUGUAUGGAUGGCUGAACAUUCCUAUUUUCCGCCUUUUGUUUUAGAUACUCAAUUGGAAAAUUUCCAGAGCUGCCAUUUUGAUGGGAAAACGGAUUUUGGAGCUGAAUAUUCCUAUUUCCCGCCUUCAGUUUUAGAUACUCAAUUAGAAAAUUUUCAGAGCUGUCAUCUUAAUGGGAAAACGGAUUUUGAAACUAAAUAUUCCUAUUUCCUGCCUUCAAGUUUAGUUACUCAAUUGGAAAAUUUCCAGAGCUGCCAUCUCGAUGGAAAACGGAUUUUGGAGCUCAAUAUUCAUAUAUCCUGCCUUCAAGAUACUAAAUUGAGAUAUUUUCGGAGCUGCCAUCUUGAUGGGAAAACGGAUUUUGGAGCUGAACAUCCCUAUUUCCCGCCUUCAGUUUUAGAUUGAAAAUUUUCGGAGUUGUCAUCUUGAUGGGAAGACCGCCUUCAGUAUUAGAUAACUCAAUUGGAAAAUUUUGGAGCUGCCAUCUUAAAAUGAAGACGUAUUUUGGAAUGAAGGAGCUGAUAAAGCAACAGUCUUCACGUUCAAUUUUGAUUGAGACAUAUAAAUGUGAUUCCUACAUCCUAUCUCCCACUGCAUUUGAAGCUUUUUUUUUUUUUUUUUUUAUUUUUAAAAAAAGACAUUCUAUUCUCACCUUCUUGUUGCCUUUCUAUGUUUCCUUUCCAUCUAUAGUUACCAAGCAACAGAACACUCUUCAGAGAUAAUACCAGAGCCCUGAAACGGGUGCAUCAGUCAACCAUACAUGUGGGGCUUCUAUUUAGUUGUUAGUCGAAGCUUGGUUAAGGCCCGAUGGCUCGAUCCCUGUCAUUAAGAAGCCAUAUAAUGUGAUCUAUGGAGUAGUAUCUACUAUAUUGUUAGAUACUACAGCGAUAUCUUCCAAAAAAAAAAAAAAAAAAAAAAAAACUACAUCGAUAUUGCAAAUCCUUGUUAUGUAAGAACUAUGAAUUGGGA